AGCGGUAUCAGCUCACGGUGUGAUCGGAUCACGCCGAAAAAUAACCAAAGACCAUGUAAUAAGUGUAUAAACAAAUCUUAGGGUUUCCACCCUUCAUCCACUCCCCCAGCCCAGCUUGCCCCGCCUGCUCCCGCCCCUCUCCCACACGCCGCCCCCAGCCCUCCUGCACUGCACUCACGCGCGGCGGCGCGAGGGCGCGAGCAGCGGCUCUUGACCCCGGCGCGGCGGAGCUGCGGCCGGCCGCCGGCACCCCCUGCGGCCCUGCCCCCCUCCCGCCGCCAGCCCUUGCACAGCAGCACGCGCGGCGGCGCGAGGGUGCGAGCAGCGCCCCUCGAAUCCAGAGUCGGCAUCGCCGCACCGCUGCAGCUCACUCUCCCCGAAUCCAGAGUCGCCUCUUCAGAUUGAAAGUGCGGAAGAUGGUUCUGCGGCGGGCGGUUGCGGAGUGCCCCAAGAAGGUUGCGGGGCUGGUGGACCUGGUGAACCUGCCGACUGCGCUGCGGGAGUUCGCCGGGUGCCGGUCCCAGAUGUCCCACCUCUCCUUCUUCCUACGCGUCUGGUCCCACAUCAAGGAACAUAACCUACAGCUUGGCGCUCUCAGGACGUUGUGGGUUGUGGAUGCUGAGCGAUGGCUUCUUCGCAUGCAUGACCCAACGAAUAAAAACAUUGUGAACUGUGAUGAGAAGCUGAAGACUGUAUUAUUGGGCAGGUCCCAAGUGCAGCUCUUUGAACUCCCAAUGAUUGUUAAGCUUCAUUUCCCAAAAGUUCCAAAGUCGUGAUAACAUUAAUUUAGAGGUAUUGUAUAUUGAAACUUCGAGGAAACCGGAUGGAUUUAUGUUUGGCUGGGAUAGACGGAAUCAUGUAAGUGUUGCUUUGCUGAAAUUUGAAUUGACAGACUAAGUACUGCGCAUGAUAGAUUGAGUUUUGUGAUUAUUUUGCCAAUCUGUCUUUUUGACAUGUUUUAUGUAUCAAUAACUUUGCUCAAGUUUAACUGAAGAACAAGAUGUGAAAAAAAAACUUUUCUUGGGACACAAUGCAGUUGACUUUCAGUCAAGCAGUCCCUCAGUACAUGCCUGAAAUUA